UGCGUCUCUGACGCACGUAUCACAUGCAUUUUUAUCUUCAGUUACAGUUUUCGUUGCGAAACAUUCAUUUUUAUUCAUUCUAAUUCGCUGUUCCAUAUUGAAAAAAUAAAUUGUGAUUUUUUAAGUUGUGUUUUUAAAAUUUGUGGCCGUUUUUUUGUGUGAUAAAUAAACUUCAACUUCAUCAUCGUAUAAAAUAAUAAAAAGACUGAUCAUUCAAAAUCUCAUUGGAACGCAAAAUCAAUUUGCAACUCAACGCUCGGUGUGUCGAAAAAAGAAAAUUUGUGAAACUCCAUUUAGUUCUUUGUAUGAUUCAGUACAAGAAAUGAGUUUUUAAAACGCAAUCGGUCAUCAGAAUAAAAAAAAAGAAAUUAUUAAAGAGAAAAUAUUUUUUUAUGACUUAUGCCCGCAACUUAUUGAAGUUUUCAUGAUGGAAUCGACAACCACUCGGAUAUCAUUGCAAACAACGGCUACGACAACGGCACCAAAAAGUGUAAAGGUAACAUCGGUGAGCCCGUCUCGUGCACUAUCGACACCACCCUCUGGCGAAUUGGCCGCAGCUGCAUAUGUUUUAUCAUUACAAGGAACAAUGGUGUCUAGCCUUCAACAAGCUGCGCUCAAUCUUCAAGCGUUAGAAUAUUACUUGGCAUUGCAGCGCAUCAGUAAAGCAGAUGUUCUACAGCUUACAAAAGUUGCUAAUCGAAAUCAAAACGAUACAGCAGCCGAUAAUGAUUCGAUAAUUAUUGAACAAUCAUAUACAAACCCAUUACUUGAUGACGCCCAUGGAAUUGAUAUUGUUCAUCGGUCCAAUGAUCUGCCACUUCUCGAUGCUGACGAUGAUCUUGCAUUUGAUCCGACUUUAGAUUCGCCCAAUGAACAUUCGAUCAAUUUGUUAAACAAUGGCCUAUCGAAUUUACUGUUUAACGGACACUUUCAACAAUUUGGAAAUGAAUUGCUACAACAAGCGGUCAUUGAGAAUGAACAAAGUUUACAAAUUAGUGCAAAAAAAUCGCAAUCGAUUUCGCAAAAUACGACAUUGAAUUCACCAACCGAAACGAUCACCACUUUGACCGGAGCGAUGCCACGUCCGAAGAAGCAAUUUAUAUGCAAAUUUUGCAGUCGUCAUUUCACAAAGUCAUACAAUUUACUCAUACACGAACGAACACACACCGAUGAACGACCCUAUUCGUGUGAUAUUUGCAAAAAGGCCUUCCGACGACAGGAUCAUCUCAGAGAUCACAAAUACAUCCAUUCGAAGGAGAAGCCAUUCAAAUGUACCGAAUGUGGAAAAGGUUUUUGUCAGUCGAGAACGUUAGCCGUGCAUAAGAUACUUCAUCUGGAAGAAUCACCGCACAAGUGUCCGGUGUGUAGCCGCAGUUUUAAUCAACGAUCUAAUCUAAAAACGCAUCUAUUAACACAUACCGACAUUAAACCCUAUCAUUGUUCCGCUUGUGGCAAGGUAUUUCGAAGGAAUUGUGAUUUAAGGCGUCACAGUUUGACACACAAUUUAGCCGGCACAGGGAGCGAAACAGCAUCGAUUGCACGGAAUGUGACCGCAUCGGAUCUCGUGAACACUACAAAUGUUGAAUUAAUUGCAGCAGUCGACUAGAACAAAAAAACAUUCCUCAACAACUACAUAGAAUAUUUAAGCAUUAGGUCAAAACAAAUAAAUAAGAUUUUUUUUAAUACUGUAGUUAUAAAAUAGCUUCGUAUUUCGAGAGAAAAAAAUGUUUUUAUUUUCUCAAUCAAACCGAUGUUUUAAAAUAUUUCGCAUUUUUAUUUAUGAACGACAACAUUUAAUUUGCUAAAACUAAAUUCGAAUAUAAUUGAUGAUGAUCUUGUUUUGGAUCAAUUUUAUGAUUGCAUAAUUUUUUUUUCUUCGAAAAUCGUAUACGAAUUUGAUCAAAAAGGCAAUGACCCGGCAAUUAUUGUGUCACGUCUCGAAACGCACAAUUUUUUUUUCUCGAAAAAAAUAAAAAAUAAAGUAAAACAAAACAAAAAAAAUGUGAUUAAAUAAUUAAAUACAUUGGAUAGUAAUUAAGAGUAAGGUCGCAAGGUCUCCUUAAAAAACAACGUUUAACUAUAGAACAAUAAUACUAAGAAACUAUAAAUAGCAUUAUAAUUGCUGCCACUUAAUUAUUCUAAUGUACAAAUUGUGUCAUUUCGAAAACGGCAAUUGAUUCUUUUUGUCGCUUGUACGAUUUUCUUUUAGAUACACACACAUAAUUUUAUUAUUAUAUAUAUUUGUUCGGCGUUCGGUGUCAACCAACGCAUGAUUGAACACAUAAAAUUCAG